UGAGUUCAAAGCAGGAGCAAACCCAGUCGUCACGUUAGAGGUUAGAAGCACCGGUAGGCUCUAGGCACCGCAGCUUGACCAGCCGGAUCGCAGACGUGGGUCUUCUGCUCCUGGCAGCUCUUUGCUCCGUCUGCUCCGUUCACAACCGAAACCGUUGUGAAAGGAACAGUUGGCGGCAACGGCUGUGCGAGGUCUACAUCUACACCGUCGGCACCAAGUUUAAAAAAAGACCGAAGAUGGAUGACGCGCACAGCAAGUACUCGUCCAGCUCUGCUACGUGGAAGACCCCCGACGCGGCCAGCUGGCGGCUUCGUCCCGAUGUCUGAGGAGUCGGGGCCAGCAUUUCGGACCUUAAACGGUGACUGUUCAUCAUGGUCGCGGCGCCCAGCACCAGUUCGGGAGAGAUCUUCCGCGUCGUUCUGCUCUGCGUCCUGUGGUACGGCAUCAGUUCGGGCAACAACGUGGUGGGAAAGGUGGUGCUCACCCACUUCCCUUUCCCGCUCACCGUCACCAUGGUGCAGCUGUUCUCCAUCACCGUGCUUUCGGGACCGGCGUUCGCGAUCUGGGGCAUCAGGCCUUACCUGGACCUUCCGUGGACUAAGUACAUGACGUCCAUCGUGCCGCUAGCCUGCGGCAAGUUUGUGAGUUCGCUCAUGUCCCACGUCAGUCUCUGGAAGGUGCCCGUCUCGUAUGCGCACACCGUGAAGGCAACCAUGCCCCUCUUCACGGUGGUGCUGUCCCGCAUCAUUCUCAAGGAGAAGCACAGCUGCACCGUGUACCUGUCUCUCCUGCCGAUCAUUGCGGGCGUGAUGGUGGCGACAGUCACCGAAAUCUCGUUUGACGCCAUGGGCCUUGUGUGCGCCCUGAUUUCCACCGUCGGGUUUGCCCUGCAGAACAUCUACACAAAAAAGGUGAUCAGGGACACGAAGCUGCACUACCUGCGGCUGCUGCACACCUUUGCCAGGCUGGCACUCACCUUCUUCAUUCCCGUCUGGCUCUUGGUGGACGUGCGGAGCUUCGCCAGGGGCCCCGCCCUGUUCCCGCAGGGCGACGCCAUGUUUGUGCUGCUGCUGCUGUUCCUGGACGGGGCCCUUAGCUUCUGCCAGAACCUGGUGGCCUUCACGGUGCUCAACCUGGUGUCGCCGCUCACCUACUCGGUGUGCAACGCCACCAAGCGCAUCUCGGUCAUCACCGUGUCCCUGCUCCUGCUCCACAACCCGGUCACACUGCUCAACGUGCUCGGCAUGCUCACCGCCGUCCUCGGGGUCCUCUGCUACAACAAGGCAAAGUACGACGCUAACAAGGCAGAGCAUGCUGCCGAAGCCAAGCUGCCCACUUCGACCCGGGACCUGAACCCGCUGCUGGAGAGCCUGAACCACCGGCCCAAGGUGGCCAACGGUGUCAACGGCGGGGGGCUGCACCUUUUCACACCCUACCACGACAAGCCAACGGGAGUUUGACGAUGGCCACGUCGUUCCUGGAGCAGCGAAGGCCGUCGCGGCACCGGGUGACUUUGCGCCGGGGAGUGGGGCACCUGUCACGGCCUACAGUCUCCCAUUGGUCCGUGAAUCCAGCAUACGGAAGACAGCGUAGGUCUUAUUGUUGUCGUUCCUAGGGCAGCAAAGACGCCGACGACAUUGAACGACCCCGCACCGGGCGGUGGAGCACCCGGCGUAGUCUACAAUCUUGCACCAGAACGCGAUUCUGGUCUACAGAGGACCGCAUAGGUCUUAUCAGUGUUGUUCAUGGGGCGGCAAAAACGGCGGCAGCAUCGAGCGUCUUCGUGCGGGGGUGGCAGUGGCACGGGGGUGGCACAGCCACGGAUGUGGCGCCGUCACCGGGGUUGCAUCGCCACUGCCAACCGAGAGUAUAGACAACCCAUUGUGGUCUUCUGUCAGACUGGGAAUCUGGUCUCUGGAGUAUAGCCUUUUCUAGCACCGUGGCCCUUCGCGACAGAGGCGACAGAACUCGUAAGGGGUGCGCAACGCGUCUUGCCACAGUUUACAAAGAGGACACAAACGCACGAAAGUACAAAUGGACCGCGCCAAGGUUUUUCUUGGUGUGUCGUGCUUUGAGGUGUUGGGCUGUGGGGUGGGGGGGGAGGGGUAGAGUUGAUGGCACCUGUUUUCGUUGGUAAGGUUUUCGGGCUACGGCUGUAGGAAAGAAAUAUUAGGACGAGAAACCUUUUUGCACCAUUUACUUGGGGAAGUUUGAAGGCGUAAGCAGAUUGGAUUAGAUUGCAUUGUGGUGGCCUAACCCUUCGCGUUGAGUGAUGACAGUUUAGUAGUUUGUUCUAGGCCAGGAAGAAAAAACAAAAACUGGUGAAAUUGGACUGAAAGGUAUUUACGGCAGCAAUACUAUUUCAUUAUUUUUUUUAACUUGGCUCGGAUGUUUUCAUGUAUUCAGUAUUCAGUACGGUUUGUGUCUGGAUCUCCCGAGGGUUGUCUGCCACCGCUAGUAAGAAGAUAGAGAAAAACUAAUGUCACCUGUUGGCUAUAAUCGUGCAUAAAAAUAAACAAAUAAAUUGUGUUUUUAUAAUUCUUUUUUUACGAUUGCAUUUAGGAUGUUUUUUUUCUUUAUCUCGCUAAAGGGAAUAUUAUCUCGCUAAAAAUAUCUCGUACAAUGCAACGCUGCUGCUUAACCCAAAAAGAAACAGUUUUGUACGGAUUUCACGUUGCUCCAGAUUCAUGCCAUGUUUUUUCUUCGUGGGCCCUUUUGAACGCCAGUGUCUUGUGCAGUCUUUUGGGGAGCAUUGCACUGCCUUCUUCUUGGGCUUUCUCGCUUUGGAAGAAAGACUCCAUCUUCUGACGUACAAACGUUCCGUGGUGUUCAGGAGACCGGUGCCAUUGUUUCGGCUCAACUUACCACUUCGAUCCUCUGAUGCUGUUGGUACGAAUAUCAUGUUUUUGGACCAGCUUUCUUUUGCUCGCUCUUAAAUAGAAACUAAAGUAUAGCUUUGUUUUGGUAGGAUUGUAGUGUUCAGGUUGCUUACCUCGGGUGGAUGCAGCAUUCUAAAUGUUGUUCGUCACCUUCCGAGUUGAAAUCUGAGGACCAGUCAGAUUAUUAAGAUUCGGUCUUCUCGUUUCUUCGCAUUGUGUUUAGAAAUGACAAUAUAGUUUGUUGACUGUGUCACGUUGCAUUUAAAAACAAUAUUUUUUGUUGAUUGUGGUUGAGAAGCCACGCAUGAAGACUAUGGUCAUUCAUUAGUCAUUACUUGUUGUGUGUGCAUGUUCUUUUUUGUUUCGUUCGAUUAAACAAAAACGUGCUCGGGAGGCCGUAGCUUUUUGGGAAGGCACUCUCUAUGUAGAUGUAGUGUAAAAUGGAUUCUUCGUUUUAUGAAACCUGGAACCCUGUUUAGGUGCGUAAAAGGAGGUAGAGAAUGGGGAUGCACAAGAAAUGACCCGCACCAAUAAUGGCCCUAGUCUGGAGCGAAGUGCAUUAAUGCCAUCUCGCACGUUCAUCCAUUACUUUUUUCGGCUGCUUUUGAGCUCGCUUUCUUACCUGGUGUCUCGUUUGUUAUGGCCAUUUUAUGUUUGCCAUCUGGUAACAUUGGUACUUUUGAAUUAUCAAAAUUGAUUAAAGGAGACGGUUGUAGAAAAUUGUACAUUGCAGCUUUUAACAGUCUCUGGAGCUCCCUGCUUGUGACAGCAGCGUGAUGUAGUGUUCCACUUUAAAACUUUUUCAAUAUGAAAAAAAAAAAAGGAACAAUGUGACAAAAAUUAAGGUUGUUUUAGUGUUCUAUGCAGUCUAGUUGGGAGCGUUUAUUUUUUUUUCUUCCGGAACUUACACUUAUUGUUUUUCUUUGUUUGCUCAUUAUAUUUAAUCAAUUUCGGCUACUAACAACCGAUGUGACAGUUUCUCCUGGAAAAUAUUUUCAACGCUUGAUGCCCGAGUCGGAUAAAUACUUCAGCUGCGUGGUGUCUCAAAUGACAGACAUACAUUAUAUCUUUUUUUUGUUCCGUCGCUAGAACCACUUAAAUUGGUUGGGGUAUACCCGAGAAUUUUGCUCCACGGGUGGAAAAUGCAACUGAAUUUGUUUUGAUUUCCCAUUUUCAGUGUGCUCGACAGAUAUCUCGUAAACGAAUAUAAUAGCCCCAGUUUGUAUUUUGUUCAGAGGCGUUUCGGGCAUUAAGUGUUUAUGAAGCAAUGUUUAUUUCUAUUGCAUUAGUUGCAAAACCUAACAGAGAGAUUGUUAUUUGCUGCCAUUUGAAGCAUGGCUUACAAAAGCUUUAUUUCACUAUGCUUAUGGCUCUGUUUUGGUGCCCUCGCCAUUUUAAUUGUGGGCCAGGAGAAAUUAUCAUAUGCACUAAGUAGAUUAGAUUUUUGUUGCUUCUGCCUUUGGUGGUGCAUUUUGGCUUUACUAACCUAAUUUAUUACUUUAAUUAAGAAAUUUGUGCCAGUGUUGCGAGUGUCUGGCUAUGUUCCAUACACUAUCAAAAAAACUUUGACCUGUGAUUCUGUUGAGUGUGAUUGAUUGUUAAAAGUGUGAUUACAACAUUUUAGAAAUGUCACUAUUGCCUUUUCCUUUUGUUUGUGGGUGCACAUGUGGAAUAUUUUUGUGCUUAUUUUGCAAUGCUUAUAUGAACCACUACCUAUACAUAUGUUUGUUCUUGCCCAUGUGAUUUUUUUGUAUGUUGCAGAGGGUUAGGACUUCCUAGCAAGACUGGCUGCUCCAUUCCAGCAGUAAUGAUAGUUUUGAGGUGCAUUUAUGCUUGUUUAUUUUUUUAAUUCAUGCAAAUGUGAUGGAACAAUGCAAAGUGAUUCUCUCAGUUUUGUUUUCUAUAUUUAUGGACGUAAUUUAAAGCCAUUUUCGGUGUUAAUACACUUUUAGAAAGUGAAAUAGCCAUUAAUACAGGGUGUUUAAUUUUAAUUAGAACAGAUAAAAAAGAUAGUGGCUGUGGGUUAAAGGAGUUCUGUCUAUGGUAAUGGUUCUUGAGAUGUUAGUAUCAAAUUUCUCGUUUUUUUGCUCAAUCUUAAAUUUGUGCUCAACAGGAGUGUCCCAAGCCCUGCCCUCAAUGAUGUUAUGAAGAGUGAUGUUGUCGUCUCGAUCAUGUCGUCACUAUUUCGGCAGUGCGUCCUUGGUGGGUGCACCGACGACACUAGUGACGAUGUGACUGAAACGACUACGUCACUCUUUCAAGCGUCAUUGUGAGCAAGGUUUGCAGCGUUUUUUUUUAGCUCAAUUUUUAAAUCGUGCGAGAAAACGUUAAAUUUGAUAGAUUAAUAUUGCUACAACAAUUACUUUUUUUAUAAAUGCUUUAAAUUAGUCUGGCCUCUAAUGGUAAUUGGCAUCAGUACUGCAAUUUCAUCAUGACUGCUAAAACUAAUAAUUAAAAAGUUGGGUAAGAGAUUUUAGUUAAUUAGUAAACUUACCGUGACGAUUAUCCCCUCAGCUAAUGUCCACUGAACCUGGUAAAUACAUGGUGAAGACAGAACUUGUCUGACUCUCACCCCCUAUUUUUAAAAAAGUCGGUUCAAAUUAAAAUUAAAUUUCCUGUAUGUUACAUGCAAGGGGAAAAAACGGCAGCCUUUAUCAUUAAAGAAGGGGGUUGUGGAGUAACUUUUUAAAUUGAACAUAUCACAUUCUGAUCACCCGUAUUUAGUCUAGUUGAAAAGUGUCUUAAGAGCUCCAGCAAAAUUUGGAUAUCAGUUGACUUGCCACAAAAUCGGUCUAACUCACCAAUAGGCACGGGUGAACCAGGAGCUCAAAAUUAUAUAUUGAAAUCAUUUGUUUUCGCGAAGGCCCGAAUUUUCAAGUUUGGUCCUCACCGCCUUUUCGAAUGGAAGGUUCCUACUGGGAACACUGACUACAAACCUGGGUAGCGGUUCACUAUUUGAAAAUGAGAACUUGUUCCCGAGGGAUUGCAAGAGGUUUGGUUGUGGUGCGAAAUGUACUUUGGGGAAGCUCACUCCAGACCCUCGCUCAGCAGCGUGAAACAAAUGCGCGACAUCUCGAUCUUGUAAGUUUCCCAACGCGGGACUUCACAUCACUAAGAAUUGUGGGAAAAGCUUAGCAUCCCAUUUGUUUGCCAAUGUCUUGAUAGCUAUUUUGAAUUGAGAGAUGCUUUUUCUGCGCGCGAUCGGUUUAGUUGGUGAUAGCAAACGCAAAAAUAAAGCAAACCUCGAACGAAAAGGAAGAUGCUGGCAAACUCAACUUUCAUUCAUUUUCUUCGCACGUUUAAUUUCGAUCGUAAAGAAGAAGAAAAAUACUGCGGGCCUUUCCGAAAUGUCACUUCGGGGCUGUAGCCUCGAGUCUGGAACCUCCGAUUGUUGAACCUUUCACGUAGUUUAUCUCCGUUAGCGUUUGGUACGUGAUCUUCGCCUUCCGAUUUCUAGACAUUUUGUUGCUUGCAUGUGCAUUCUUCCUCGCUCGUGUCAUUAGAAAAUGUCGCAACUAGGUUACGGUCGUUUGCAGGUUAAGAAUGGCGCCAGACCAGCUCCUUCCACAUAGUCCUUCUCCCUUUCCACUUUAGCAGAGUGGACGCUGGAGAGGACGAAGAUCUUUUUGGAAGGGGCUUCUCUUCCCCCUUUCGUGUUGCAACAGACUACGCGCACGUGGCACAUCUGCACCUUCCAUCGCACAUUCCCGUGAUCCAGUGCUCUCUGCAUUCCACCUGUGCUUUCUCGAUUGGAGAUUAUUUAAGAGCAGUUUAUUUCGAGAAGGGAGCGCGACUCUGUAAAGCUAUCUAUUUACUUUGGCUGGGUUUCUUUUGUGCCGCCAGAUCGCAUACGUAACCUCCUUGCUUUGCACAAUUCCUCUUCAUUUUAUUGUACGUGCCUUCCAAGAAGAACCACACGCAUUUUCUAUGGGGAAAUUUUCACUUCCGUACUGUCCCUUUUAUUAUGUGGAAAAGGGUACACGCCCGAAUCCUGUUUUUAUUGGAAUAAAGUUGUCCAACUUUAUGAACCCCCUU